ACAAACUACAAAUAGAGAUGAUGGCGGCUUCAACCAAUCAAUCCCUUCCCACCAUCUCAAACGCAGACCCACGAGUCAAAGAGUACUUAUCAUGGAAAAACUCAUCUCAAACAGUUGCAACUUUCUAUCAGUGCCGGAAUCUUACGUAUUGCCGCCAGAAAUAAGGCCUGGAGAGCUGCCGGCUCCGCCGUGCACGGCAAUCCCAGUUGUCGAUCUCCGAAGAGUUGGCGGCGGCAGGAAGGAUUUGAUCCAGCAAAUCAUUUGGGCGAGCGAAGAAUUCGGGUUCUUUCAGCUGACGGGUCAUGGGGUCUCGGAGGAGUUGAUGCAUAGGGUGUUGACAGUGUCAAAGGAGUUCUUCGAGCUGCCGGCGGAGGAGAAGGCCAGAUUCUACUCGGAGGAUCCACAGAGAAGUUGCAGGCUGUACACUAGCAUCAACUUCUCCAAAGAGAAGGUUCAUUUUUGGAGAGAUAAGCUGCAGCAUUCUUGUCACCCUUUGGAGGAUCACAUCCAGCAGUGGCCUGAAAAUCCAGCUAGUUACAGAGAGGUGGUGGGGAAUUACUCAGUUGAGAUGAGGAGGCUUAGCUUGUGGCUGUUGGAUCUGAUUGGCCAAGGUUUAGGGCUUGAACCAGGAUUCUUCCGCGGGUGCGGCGCCCUCUGCCGGGUUCAGAAGAUUGCGGUUAAUCACUACCCGCGCUGCCCCGACCCGAGCUUAACCUUGGGGCUGGCCAAGCACUGUGAUGCCAGCCUCAUCACUCUGCUAAACCAAGGCACUGUGGCUGGGCUGCAGGUCCUGAAAGAUGAACAAUGGUUUACAAUUGAGCCUCUUCCUAAUGCUCUUGUUGUCAACAUAGGCUACAUGUUGCAGAUCAUCAGCAAUGGGAAGCUGAAGAGUGCUGAACAUCGAGUUGUGACAAACACCGACACUGCUCGAACAACAGUAGCCAGCUUCAUCGACCCUUCCUAUGACAGCCACAUCGAACCCGCAAAGGGCCUGCUGGUUAAGGAAAGCAGCCCUCAACUCUACAAAGCUUUCACAUACAGAGACUUUGUCAGCUCCUAUGUAGUAGAUGUUUACGAUGGGAAACCGCCACUUGAUCGGUAUAUGCUGCAAUCUUAAUUAGCCAUGACUAUGCAAGAACAAGGGGGCAAAUAAGGUAUAAAAUGGUGUUGAGAGACAGCAUCCGUCAUUGUUGAUCUUGGUAGAUUUGUUGGUGUCGCAUGCCCUAUUUAGGGGGUUUCGAUCAUCCAUUCUCAGUAAGUUUUUCUCUUUGCUUUGUGUUUUCUACCCUUUAUCUUUGUGACCAAUCUAUCUCUUGUGAUAACCUAUUGUGUGUGGCUUUGAUCGUUUGGGUGAGAGAGGGCUUCGAUUGAGUUUCGGUCGAGAGGUAUUGGGGCGUUCUGGGCUUUCGGUUUGUGGGCUGGUUUGAUCGCUUCGUUGUGGUUUGUGGUUCCUAUUUAUUGGUGUUACCAAAGUGGUGAACGGACUCUUCAGAUCUGAGCCUUGAACGUGUUUAAAUAGGGAGUUUGUAUUUCGUGUUAAUCUUCUUGUUGCUAUUUUCAGUAUUUUGUGUAUUGUCGUUAUGUUCGAUUAAAUCUAGUUCGAUGUUAUUGCACUAACCCUUUCUAUUUUGCUAGAGUUUUUCGCGACAAAUGGAGAAUAAUCUGUGUUAUGAAUCAGUAUAAGCACCGCCACCUAGCUGGGGUGGAGUUGCCACGUCUAAUUUUAUUUUGGUUGCACAUUUGGAAAGUUGGCAUCAUGGCAUGCCACAUUAUUAAGAAGGUAAUGAUUUUAUUUAGAAAAGAACACAUGGACGACUCAAAUAACAUACCCACUAUUAAACGUGAGCCAAAUUAUUAUUAUUUUUCUCUAGAUAUUCAUGUGUUCCUAAACGAGCUUAAGAUUGGAUCAUAUAGUCUACAAGUGGAUCCUUGCCUACAUGAAUUUAAAAGUUCUGUACAGCGCCGAGUUGCGCUUAUUCACCAGUGACUUUCCGGGCCCUAUAUAUUAGGCAAUCACUAGAAGGAUGGAUGAAGUUACCGACUGUAUUUCUUGAAGCUUUUUGAGUUUGUCACAACUCAAAUACAUGAUGAUUUCCUGAACUAACUCCUUGUGAUUAUGGCCGAGCUUUUCAAGAUCAAUCACUGGUAUGGUCUUCAAGAGAGGAGUUACUAGGUCCCCUGGUGGUGUCUCUGGUGGUAAAAUAUAAACUUGAUUUGACAAAUGCUAAUUUAACUUCCAGCCCCUAAAAUUGUAGCCAGACCUGGCAGCAUCUAAAGUUUCAUCACAUCAAAAUCUCUCACAAUUAUCCAAUCUGUAUCAAGAAUCACAUGGCAGCCUCUUAUUUUUAUGAAACAUCAAAUGAGGCCCAAAGGUUGGGGGCCAGGUGGCAACUGGGCUGCCCUUUGGGCACUGGAGGGCCAUUUUGGCAGCCACCUUCAGCCCAAGCCCAAGUCUUUUGCCUUUUGUCUUUUGUCGCAUAGCCUGCUGCAAAUCAUCCUUGCACGAUUUCAUCUAAGUCGUUGUUGUUGUCUUUAUCUUUUGCUAUUGCAGUCAUUCAGUUGCCUUAUUUAUCGCAUGCCUCGAGAUUGAUGAAGCCAUCGGGAGAGACAAAAGAAAAGAGGGAAUUGCCGAGAGUCUUUCAUUUUUAGGGUUUUUUACUCUCUUUCUUUCUUUGUAAAUCCUCUGUAUAGUCUUCGUCUUUUUCUUUGUUUAUAUGUGUUCUCUGGUUCGUUUAAGGUAAACUAUUAACUUUUACAAAGUGGUUUUGAGCAUUUUGUUUAGAGAACUAGGGUUGUUCUGUUUUUGAUCUUGUGUAUGGGUGUAAUCGGAUUGAUUCAUAUAGUGGAGUGAGCUCUUCUCACCGGAGCUCAAGUGGAUGUAGCCCCUAUUUGGGGUGAACUACUAUAAACCCUGUGCCUCUUGUUUCGUUUAUAUUUUUAAUAUCUGUUAUGUUGUGUUUAUACUCUCGAUUAUUAAAAUUGUUUCAGCAGUACUUGAUUUUGAUUGUGUAAGAAGACUUACUAUCUCUGUUUAUUUGUAACACUGUCAUGACACCCAAGGACCCAGAUUCCCAAAGGCAUUUGCAGAGAGAAGCGUUUAGAAGUUAUUUUGUUUGGAUUUGACAGGAGUAUCAAAUUUCAAUGAUCUGCGGCGAGGUGGACGUGGGAACAAUUUGCUGGGUGAAAAGGUUGAAUUGUGAUCAGGGCUCAUAUGACACCUCUUUGGGGGUUGCAGUGUGGGUGUGGCACUCAUCAGCUUUUAACGGAGUUGAACGAGUUUUGCAGCAGUUCCUUCAAUGAUAGCAGUUCCAGCAGAAGAACAGAUUUUAUUCUUUACAUAAUCUCUCUCUCUCUCUCUCUCUUUCAUUGAAGUUGCAGGUAACCGCGAUGGGGUUGCACUAGCUUCAGAAGUCCCAGUUGAAGAACAAUGUUUACGGGUGCUUGGUUUUAGUAAAAAUUUACUGAUGGAUGGAGGAGCAGUUUCAGUGGUUAGCCCUUCGUUAGAAUUCCGGUCCAAGUGUAGCUCUGGAACAGGGAUGACUGAAGGAUGUAGGAAACAAAAUGUUGACGCGAAGAGAAGAUAUAGACCAAACGUCCUUUAAACUCAAACCUAGCUUCCUAGUUGAUGAUAGGACAUGCAUACGAGUAGCCCCAUAUUCAUGAAACUUAGGAAUUUGGUUACUGUAUUAAGAACAUAGGGUAGAGUUAUAUCUAUGAAAAGGUUGAAUUUUUGUA